UCAAAUGGAAGUAUGAAGUUAAAUGUGCAGCUUUGAAGAAGGAAUCUUCAAAGCGUACCAAACCUAGACAUGUGGUUGAUCACUCUACAGGUUUGGCUGUUUUAAUAUUGCUGGACUCUAAAGCACAACAGACAGAGUUGGAAUGGAUUUCCUCUCCUCCCAAUGGGUGGGAAGAAAUUAGUGGACUGGAUGAAAACUACACUCCUAUACGAACAUACCAGGUAUGCCAGGUGAUGGAAUCAAACCAAAACAACUGGCUUCGGACUAACUGGAUUGCAAAAAGCAAUGCACAAAGGAUUUUUGUAGAACUGAAAUUCACUCUGAGGGAUUGUAACAGUCUUCCUGGAGUUCUGGGGACUUGUAAAGAAACUUUUAACUUGUAUUAUUAUGAAACAGACUACGACACUGGCAGGAAUAUCCGAGAAAACCAGUAUGUAAAAAUAGACACUAUUGCAGCAGAUGAAAGCUUUACCCAGGGUGACCUUGGGGAGAGAAAAAUGAAACUUAACACAGAGGUGAGAGAAAUUGGACCUUUGUCCAAAAAAGGAUUCUAUCUUGCGUUUCAGGACGUAGGGGCCUGCAUUGCUUUGGUCUCGGUCAAAGUCUACUACAAGAAGUGCUGGUCCAUCAUUGAGAACUUAGCUAUUUUUCCUGACACAGUGACUGGCUCAGAGUUUUCCUCUUUAGUUGAAGUACGAGGAACUUGUGUCAGCAGUGCAGAAGAGGAGGCGGAGAACUCACCGAAGAUGCAUUGUAGCGCGGAGGGAGAAUGGUUAGUGCCUAUUGGAAAAUGUAUCUGCAAAGCAGGAUUCCAGCAAAAAGGAGACACAUGUGAACCUUGUGGCCGUGGAUUCUACAAAUCCUCUUCGCAAGAUCUGCAGUGCUCGCGCUGCCCUACUCACAGCUUCUCUGACAAGGAAGGAUCCUCAAGAUGUGACUGUGAAGAUAGCUAUUAUAGAGCACCUUCUGAUCCACCAUAUGUCGCAUGCACAAGACCUCCAUCUGCACCACAGAACCUCAUUUUCAAUAUCAACCAGACUACAGUGAGUUUGGAGUGGAGUCCUCCCGCUGACAACGGGGGAAGAAAUGACGUGACCUACCGCAUUUUGUGCAAGAGGUGCAGCUGGGAGCAGGGCGAAUGUGUUCCCUGUGGGAGUAACAUUGGAUAUAUGCCCCAGCAAACUGGAUUAGUAGAUAACUAUGUCACUGUCAUGGACCUGCUAGCUCAUGCUAACUACACAUUUGAAGUUGAAGCUGUGAAUGGGGUUUCUGACUUGAGUCGUUCCCAGAGGCUUUUUGCAGCUGUCAGUAUUACCACCGGUCAAGCAGCUCCCUCGCAAGUUAGUGGAGUAAUGAAAGAGAGAGUGCUGCAGAGGAGCGUGGAGCUUUCCUGGCAGGAACCAGAACAUCCCAAUGGAGUCAUUACUGAAUAUGAAAUCAAGUAUUAUGAGAAAGAUCAAAGGGAGAGGACCUAUUCAACAGUGAAAACCAAGUCCACUUCAGCUUCUAUUAAUAACCUAAAGCCAGGAACAGUGUAUGUUUUCCAGAUUCGUGCUUUUACUGCUGCUGGUUAUGGAAAUUACAGCCCCAGACUGGAUGUUGCCACACUAGAAGAAGCCACAGCCACAGCUGUUUCCAGUGAACAGAAUCCUGUUAUUAUCAUAGCUGUGGUCGCUGUGGCAGGAACCAUCAUUCUGGUCUUCAUGGUGUUUGGAUUCAUCAUCGGGCGAAGGCAUUGUGGCUAUAGCAAAGCAGAUCAAGAAGGGGAUGAAGAACUUUACUUUCAUUUUAAAUUUCCAGGCACCAAAACCUACAUUGACCCUGAAACCUACGAGGACCCAAAUAGAGCUGUCCAUCAAUUCGCCAAGGAGCUAGAUGCCUCUUGUAUUAAAAUUGAGCGUGUGAUUGGUGCAGGAGAGUUUGGUGAAGUAUGCAGUGGGCGUCUAAAGCUUCCAGGCAAGAGAGAUGUUGCAGUAGCCAUUAAAACUCUGAAAGUUGGCUACACUGAGAAGCAAAGGAGAGAUUUCUUGUGUGAAGCAAGCAUCAUGGGACAGUUUGACCACCCCAACGUUGUUCACUUAGAAGGGGUCGUUACCAGAGGGAAACCAGUCAUGAUUGUAAUAGAAUACAUGGAGAAUGGGGCCUUAGAUGCGUUUCUUAGGAAACAUGAUGGACAAUUUACAGUCAUUCAGCUAGUGGGAAUGUUGAGAGGAAUUGCUGCUGGAAUGAGAUAUUUGGCCGAUAUGGGAUACGUACACAGGGAUCUUGCAGCACGCAAUAUUCUUGUCAACAGCAACCUUGUUUGCAAAGUGUCAGACUUUGGCCUUUCCAGAGUUAUAGAAGAUGAUCCAGAGGCUGUCUACACAACUACCGGUGGAAAAAUUCCAGUGAGAUGGACAGCUCCAGAGGCCAUCCAGUACCGCAAAUUUACAUCAGCCAGCGAUGUGUGGAGUUACGGAAUAGUUAUGUGGGAAGUAAUGUCUUAUGGAGAACGGCCUUACUGGGACAUGUCAAAUCAAGAUGUUAUAAAAGCAAUUGAAGAAGGCUAUCGUUUGCCAGCACCCAUGGAUUGCCCGGCAGGACUGCACCAGCUGAUGCUAGAUUGCUGGCAGAAGGAACGUGGUGAAAGGCCAAAGUUUGAGCAGAUAGUUGGUAUUCUGGACAAAAUGAUUAGAAAUCCAAACAGCUUGAAAACCCCACUGGGAACCUGUAGCAGACCAAUUAGCCCUCUUCUGGACCAGAACACUCCCGAUUUUACCACUUUCUGCUCCGUAGGCGAAUGGUUACAAGCUAUUAAGAUGGAAAGAUAUAAGGAUAAUUUCACAGCAGCAGGCUACAACUCUCUUGAAUCAGUUGCCAGGAUGACUAUUGAGGAUGUGAUGAGUUUAGGGAUCACGUUGGUUGGUCAUCAAAAGAAAAUCAUGAGCAGCAUUCAGACUAUGAGAGCACAAAUGCUACAUUUACACGGCACUGGCAUCCAAGUGUGAUAGACAUUUCUCCCUUAUGAGGGAGGUGACAGACUGAGAGAACAGCACUGGCCUUCAGUAUAUAUGAAGUGCUGCUAGAAGACACUUGAUUUCCUGGGUCCUUCCUGCAGUGAAUAGAAGAGCUACAAGAAGCACCUACAGACUUGAACUCCUAAGUGCCACCAGAGUUUAUGAAAAGGGAAUUAGGAUCCACCAGUGGUGGCAAGGAAAACAGCAGUGACAAUAAACAAAGUACUACCUGAAUAAACAUACAAACACCUUGAGCUCUCUAACCUCCUUUUUAUCUAAUAGACUUUUUAAAUGUACAUAAAAAUUUAAAAAAGAAUAUAUUUGUCAGAUAAAAUCAUGAUAUUAUUGUUGAAUUCAACAAAAUAUUUUCCUUAAAUCUGUGAUUUCUGAAUCUUUUUUUAAUCAUUUGUGUUUAUUCUUCAUAAAGACUUUCUUUUAGUAUGAUGUUUAUAUCUUUGGACCUUUUUAGUGCUACUUCUAUGACACAUUACUACACUGGGUACCUCUGAAGGAUUAUUUGAGUUCCUAGAGAUUUAAGAAGCAUGACCAAGCAAUGUAUAUCUGUCCGAAUUUUGGUAUCCUUUUGUCCCGUUUACUUUUGUUAAAUCAGCACCGUAUUGACAGGCUAGCUAAUUGGCAGGGAGUCAGGAAAAUGCAAGUUGCCAAGAGCUCUGAUAUUUUUUAAAGAAUUUUUUAAGGUUACACAUAUAGUAUCUUUUAAAAGAAAAUAAAAGAGAAAAAAAAAAAGAAAAAAGAAAAGAAAAGCAAUAAUGACCCCUAAGUAGUUCUAGGCACUUUUAGCAAAUUGUUUGCAAGAUGGUUUUAAUGGUCUAGAGUUAAAGUGAGUUAUAUUCUAAAAUGUAGAUCUACAACUAUAAAUCUGCUUAGACACAGCAUUGAAGGGACAAGUGAUUGUAGGAGUGUCUCAGAACAUGGCUGCAGUUCUCCAAUGUUACCUAAACCAUUUAAUCUGAGCACAUCACUUUUUUUCAAUAUUCUACGUUAGC